CAGGGACUGCGGGAUGUGCCACGAGGCCAUGGGAGAAGCGGCUCGGGAAACUUUUCUGCCGGGAGCAGCGAGCAAGUGUCCAGCAGCUGCGUGCUGUGGCUGGUGAAAGCUGCUUCCGUUCCCACCGCCUCUGGGUGUUUGGGAGCUUCGGGAAGGCGAAGGACACGACGGCGAGUCGAAGGGCUGCAGUGAUGGCACGGCAGGAACACGGCUGCAGCCGCUUCUCUUUAUUCCUGUCGAAGGAGGGUGGUGUUUCGCCAGCUCAUUUUGGGCGUUCACACCUGUGAAGUUUGAUAAUGAAUCCCUUGUGUGUCUCCAAAAGACCAUGUAAUAACGGCCCAUUUAUUCGUAAAUAGGGAGAGCAAUUGUAAGUAUGAAUCUGUUUUCUUGGAGGUUUUGACUGCUCCUAUCCUUGCAGGCUUUUCGGAUGGCUUGCCAGAAGAGCUGCGUCUGGAGUAUUACAACUGCAGAGCAAAGAAUAUCAUUGGGAAUUACAUAAAUGCUGUUAGUUGUACAGUGGAAAAAUCGUCUGCUUCAGUUGAAAGCUUUAAAUGCAUCUACAAAAGCAGCUUUGCUCUCUGCUUUCAAGAACACGGGCUCUCAAAGACCAUCUCCUGCCUUUGGACUGGGAGGACAGCAGACAUCAAGCUUUGGGCUCUCAGUUACUAGUGGCAGAGGAGGAGGAUGGGGUUCCUCUAACCAGAGAUACAGCAAUGUUAUCCAGCCAUCUACCUUCAAGUCUGAUACAUGGGGUGGCAGCAGAGAUCAUGGAAGAGGAUUCUUUGGCUCCUCUGACUUUGGAUCAUCCGGCGGCAGCAGCAGAAAUGCAGACUUCUCACAGAACAGGUUCUCGGCAUUAGUGAACAGUCAGAGCGUUGCUGAUGGCUCCAAAGAUGAAGAGGAGAGACUUCUAGAAUGUGUAGUAAAAGACAUGGAAAUUUGGGAAUCUUCUGGACAAUGGAUCUUUUCGUCUUACUCCCCAAUGAAAGAAAAGAUGAAUGUCUCAGGCUUUUCGGAUGUCUCACCAGAAGAGCUGCGUCUGGAGUAUUAUGACAGCAGAGCAAAGAAUAUGAUUGGGAAUUAUAUAGAUGCUGUCCAACAGUUAGCGGCACAAUGGAAAAAUCGUCUGCUUCAGUUGAAAGCUUUAAAUGCAUCGACAAAAGCAGCUUUGCUCUCUGCUUUCAAGAACACGGGCUCUCAACCAUCUCCUGCCUUUGGACUGGGAGGACAGCAGACAUCAGGCUUUGGGCUCUCAAGCUUUCCUGUGAGCAGCAGCAGUACCAGUGCCAGCAGUUUCUCCUUUAAAGCCAGUUCCAGCCUUAUCAGUUCCUCAUCAUCUGCAGCCAGCCCUGCUGCCGGGGUCUCUUCUGCUGCCGGUAGCGCUCCUGCGUUUGGGGUGACGUCCUCUCCCAGCGCGCCCCAACCUGUUGGGUUUGGCAGCCCGGCAGCUCCAUCUGCAGCCUCCUUCUCCUUCAAAACAGCUGCAACAGCGGGUGGCUUUGGGACUUCUGGGUUCUCGGGCUUUGGCGGUGCCGCUGCUGUGAACUCUUCCGGCACCACCACUCCGCUCCCAGCCUUCGGAGCCUUUAAUGCAGCCACGGCCACUUCUGCCUCGCCUUCGAGCGGUGCUUUGUUUGGACAGACUGCCAGUGCCUCUGGACAUCCCGUCACCUCAGCGCCUGCUGCGGUCACCAACACCACCACCUCAGAGAAGUUAUUUACACCCAAGAGCGAAUUAUCGGCUGAAGAGUGGCAACAGUUUGAAGCCAAGGAGUUCACCAUUGGAAAGAUUCCUCUUAAGCCACCCCCAUUAGAACUUUUAAACGCUUACGACCUUUUAAGUUUAUUCAGAAGUAACAUGUUUUGAAAUUAAAUCAAAUACUUCCCUUUUGUUACUUUUUGUUUCUUGAGUCUCUUUUGCAGUAAUAAACCCACAAUUAUAAACACUGGAA